AUGACUGGACCAGAUAGAAUUCGCAAAGAUAAACUUAACCGAGAUGGUAAGCGUCCUAUAGUUAUUCAUGACGAAAGAACUGAAAAUGGUGUUGACCUUUAUUUGGUAGAAUGUAGGAAUCCAAAAGUAGAAUGGCAUUGGAGACCAAGAAAUAAAAUUUGGGGAUGGCGUCGCUUAUAUGAUGAAUUUCUCUUUUCUAAAGGUCAUAAACACGUUACUUGUGAUGCAAUAGAACCUUACCCUUUAAGUGACUAUUAUCGAAAACAAGUCAUUCUACCUUCAUAUUAUGAUGAUAAUAAAGUUAAUCGAUCAUUCACUGAUUAUGGUUUACGCUAUCAUAAUAAUUGUACUUAUCCGAAAGAUCCAACAUCACAAGCAGAUCCUCCUGUUCUUUAUCAUAGUGAUCAUAGUAGAAGAUCUUCUUCUUCUUCAACAACUUCUUCGUAUAAGAGUGAACACCAAUCUCGCCAUGCGUGGGGCGCAACAGAACAUGAAGAACCUAGUCUUAUAAUUGCUAGAGUUAGAAAAAAUUAUUCUUUUCCUCAUCAUAAUAAUCCCCAUCAUUUGGAUAUUAAUGAAGAUUUUAAUCGUUAUUAUGCUCCUUGGGGAAAUAAAAAUGAAUUUGAAAUCGCUUUAAAUAAACUUGAUAGAUAUUAUCAGUCACCACCUAUUUCUUAUGACAACCAUUUUAAACGUUUAUGA